AUGGAAAAGUCAAAUGAAUCCGAUUUCUUGGCAGCUGGAAUUGACCAAGACUCGCAAAAUCCAGAACCUGGGCUAAAACAAGAGGCCGUUGAAGCUUCAAAUCUAUUGGACAAAACACCACAACUCGAGCAGAAGCUUCCGACCCCUGCAGAACGCUUGCUCGCCAGCAAGAUUGCCCUUCGUGGCUGCAUGCUUUUGGAGUAUGCAAAGGGAAACGAUGUCUUUGAAGCUUACGAAGCCUUGUCCGAAGUACUUGGAGAGGAGUUUAUGAACAUCAGAGAGUUCGACUACUUCUUUCAUAAGCUUGGAAAGGGGGAAUUGGAGCUGGACAGUGGAGAGAAGUUUGAUCCGAAUGCUCUUCAGCUCUCGACCAUGCCGGUUGAGAUUGUACGGAAGAUUUUGAUGGAAAUUGAGCCGAUUGAACGAUUCCCCUUCCGCCGUGUCUGCAGCGUGUUCCGCAACGCCAUCGACUCCCUGGACUGGAACUUCAAGACGAUCACUCUUUCCGCGGGAUACUUCAACACCAUCCUAACGUUAUCCCCCACUCAUUCAAUGAUCUACACCUUUCUGAAUCGUACAGACUCUAUAGUUGGUCUUUAUGAAAACGGGCGUCUCGUGGAAAAUGGCGGAGCAAUGGAAAAAUCAAAUAACCUGAGCUUGGCCAUCAUGACGCUGUCGAGUAUUCUCAAAAGCCCAUUUUUCACACUUGACACUCUGGUUAUCACCGAGACUCAGCAAGCCUGGGGUGUACUUUUCGCGGGCUCCGAGAGCAUUCCUAUCGAGCUGGCAAAAGUGAGUCCAUUGUUGGUCACCAGCCUGCAAUUCAUCGACAUUCGCUGUGAGGAAAUAGUUUCGAUAGUACGAUUAACAAAAUCUGGUACUCUGAAAGAAGUCUCAAUUAGGUUCACCAAACCAUAUCAGUUCGUACUUCGAUCUCGUCCGGAUACAGUCCCACUUCAGAAUAUUGUGGAAUUGGAGCAAUGGAAACAUCUGGAAAAGUUUGAUGUGAUAGGCGAUAUCUUUAUGAACAUCCCUAUUGAUAGCUUCUUGCACUUGACAAGCUGCAUCGUCAGGUUGGUUAUACUGACAACAGAGGAGUUGAUCAAAAUUCGAGAUAUUCUCAUGGAAUCUAGCACAUUUGAAGUUGCAGUUCUCAACUUUAUGCAUUAUAAUUUAAUUGAGAUCGGCCAGUUUUUCAAUCCAGCCUUUGAUAUUUCAAUUGCACCCCGACCGAUUCAAUUUGGGGGUUUUCAUAUUGAGAUCAUCGCUGUUGGUUCAGACUGUACCGUGGUUAUCUAUAAACGACGAGAAGAUAUGAAUUGA